UUUUAUUGGACAAAUUAUUUGAUAACAGAAAAGGAAAACUAAAAGAAAAGGAAACUCUAACAAAAUCAUACUCAAAAAGGAAAUAAGUACCUCUUUUACUCUAUAGUCUCCUAUAAAUACAGCACACAUCAACACCAAAACUCUCAUCCUUCUCAAACAAUGCCGACAGCAACAACCAAAGCAUUAUCGCUUCUUGUUCUUCUCUUCUUCGUGUCCCUCGUCCACGCAACAGACCCAUGUCUGAUCAACUCCAUCUACCAAUUCGGAGACUCCAUAGCCGACACCGGGAACCUAAUCCGCAACGGUCCUAUCGGAGCUUCAACUCCCUCUCCUAAACCCUUACCUCAACGUAAACACCACGCAACCGUCUUCUUCAGUAACGGAGUUAACUUCGCCGUCGCCGGAAGCACAGCCUUAAACAGCUCUUUCUUCACCUCAAGGAACCUCCACGUACCGGCGACGAACACACCUCUCUCCACUCAGCUCUCUUGGUUCAAGUCUCAUCUACGUUCCACGUGUCACAACCCAUCCUGUUUGAAGCAGUCUCUCGUCAUGAUGGGUGAGAUAGGAGGAAACGACUACAACUACGGUUUCUUCCAAGGCAAGUCAACGGAAGAGAUCAGAAGCUACAUACCUCACGUGGUCGGAGCCAUCGCAGCCGCGGCUAGAGAAGUGAUCAGAGCCGGUGCGGUUAACGUGGUCGUACCGGGAAACUUCCCCGUCGGAUGUUUCCCGAUUUACUUGACGUCUUUCCCCGUGAACGAUCCAAAAGCUUACGACGAUAAAGGAUGCUUGAUUCGUCUUAACGAGUUCGCCAUGGACCACAACAACCAACUCCAAGAAGCUAUAAGUUCUUUGCAAAAGGAGUUUCCCGGUGUGGUUAUCGUCUACGGAGAUUACUACAACGCGUUUCAGUAUGUUCUGAGCGGUUCUGUGGGAUUCGACAAGAGUGUAGCUUUGAAGUCGUGUUGUGGGAUCGGUGGAGGUUACAACUACGAUGGAAAGAGACAGUGUGGAGCUGUGGGAGUGCCGGUUUGUCAGAAUCCAGACAAGUUUAUAAGCUGGGACGGAGUGCACUUGACUCAGAAGGCGUAUAGGUUCAUGUCUAAGUUCUUGAACUACAAGAUUCUUCCGCAGAUCAAGUGUGGUGGAGCUUAACCAAGCAAGAGUGUUUCCUUCUAGUUUGAUAGUUUGUAUUUUCCUUUCAGUUGAUUAAUUAAUGCGAUGAUAACAUGUAAUUUUUUUUUUCAAUGUGUAUAAAGUAUAAACUACUUGCAAAUUAAUGUUACUGUAAAUACAGUAAAAAUUCUAUAAAUUAACAAACACGCUAAAUUAUUAAAUUUCUUCGGUUUCGAAUUGAGCCAAUUCAAAAUAUGACACAAAUCAAUAAAAUAAUAAAAUAAUAAUCUUUAAAAAAUAUAUGUAAAUAUAUAGUUUCACUAAAACUAUCAAUCAAAAAUAUAUAUAAGUACAACAAAACAUUAUAUUAUCUGUUUUAUAAUUACAAUGAAAUUCAUCUCUAUUUUUUCGUAACACUUCAAAAUAUUUUGAUAAUAUUUAGUUAAUUAUAUCUAAAUCUAAAUUUAAAUUCUAUGACACAUAUUUCGUACCAAAUCCUAUAACAAAAACGAUAUAAAAAUAGAAUUUUUCAAAUUUA